AUGCCGCUGUACAAGCAAGUGCUGCUGACGAAUCUCAAGUCUCCACCUAAAGACGUAGCACGUGUAUUUCAGGACUGUGCGUCGCUUAUAACAUCGCAAGGUGGUGUCAUUCGCUCAACGGAAAACCGCGGGGAGAAACGUCUCGGCUAUGGCAUUGAAGACCGUCGAUGGGGCGCUUUGCAACGUCAUUAUCAAGGCAAACUCAUUGUUCAGCAGUUUAAUACGUCGCCUACUGUACUGCAAGAGAUUGAAGCAAAGCUUAAGAAUAGUUUUCCCAUCAUUCGCUUUGCAACGUUCAAGAUUCGUGACCCUGUGGACAAGCUCAUGAACACGCGCUUGACGCUUGAACAGGCGCAGCUGCUGCUUAAUCCUGCAGCAAAAGCAAAGGCUGAACAGGCUGCAAACGAAGCAAAGGAAGCACGACGUCCAGGAAGGUCGGAGUCGGAUGACGUUAAACCUGAGGACUUUUUGGAUAGAGAUGACGAGCGAGAAGCGGCACAAUUUAAGCAGUACGUGCCAGAAUGGAAGCGUGACGCACUCUUUGAGCCUGAUGUACCCAUGCAUCUACAAGACAAGAUCAAAUGA